AUGACGUUGUAUGCUGCAGAGAAGUUCCAAACAACAUUUGAAAAAUUAGAAGGAGAAGGUGUAGGGUAUGUGGAGUUUUUUCGACGUCUUGGUCCUCCUAGUUGUAGUGAUUGGGAAAAGUUAUCUUCUGUUUUUGGUGAGCUUCAAGAAGAAUCUAUGAACUUGAACUCUGAUUUAGCCUUAAUAGGAUAUGAGAUGAAGCAUAACCAUUCUGUUGUUGAUGCUCAACCUAUAAAUUCUUCACAUUUUAUAAAGGAUGAUGUAUUUAAGCAACAUUUGAAGGAUAAAGAUACCAUUGAUAAACAAAAUGAACUUGAGAGAUACAUGAAUGAUCCUUGUGGAAAUGCUGCUACUAAUUAUAACACUGUCAUUGUUAUUGUUUUAGAAUUUCAAAAAUGUUUUAUUACUGCAAAUAUUGGGACAAGUAUUGUUGAAGCUGGAGUAGCAGUUGGAUUGAAGGUGUUGCUGAUUACUUGUAGGAAACAAGUAUGUCUCGAUGUUUCCACAAGGUGGAACUCGACAUACAUGAUGUUGUAUGCUGCAGAGAAGUUCCAAACAACAUUUGAAAAAUUAGAAGGAGAAGGUGUAAGGUAUGUGGAGUUGUUUGGACGUGUUGGUCCUCCUUGUUGUAGUGAUUGGGAAAAGUUAUCUUCUGUUUUUGGUGAGCUUCAAGAAGAAUCUAUGAACUUGAACUCUGAUUUAGCCUUAAUAGGAUAUGAGAUGAAGCAUAACCAUUCUGUUGUUGAUGCUCAACCUAUAAAUUCUUCACAUUUUAUAAAGGAUGAUGUAUUUAAGCAACAUUUGAAGGAUAAAGAUACCAUUGAUAAACAAAAUGAACUUGAGAGAUACGUGAAUGAUCCUUGUGGAAAUGAUAAUGACAGAUCAUCCAUUCUAACUUGGUGGAAACUAAACAGACCUUCUGCUACUAAUUAUAACAUUGCCAUUGUUAUUGUUUUAGAGUUUCAAAAAUGUUUUAUUACUGCAAAUAUUGGGACAAGUAUUGUUGAAGCUGGAGUAGUAGUUGGAUUGAAGCAAACUAAUGUCACUAUUCAAUCAUCUGGUCUAUCAGAUAACCAUUAUGUUGUUGAUGCUCAACCUAGAAAUUCUUCACAUUUUAUAAAAGAUGAUGUGUUUAAGAAACAUUUGAAGGAUAAAGAUACCAUUGAUAAACAAAAUGAACUUGAGAGAUGCGUGAAUGAUCCUUGUGGAAAUGAUAAUGACAAAUCACCUAUUCUAACUUGGUGGAAACUAAACAGACCUCGUUACCCAAUCCUAUCAGCAAUGGUGAAAGAAGUUUUGGCCACCCCUAUAUCAACCGUAGCUUCGGAGAAUGAAUUUAGCAUAUGGGAAGAGUUUUAG